CAAAAAUAGCUCCUCCUCUUGUUCAGCACCCAAAGUCGAAGGAUAGCUCUGGCCUUUCAAUGGAAGAAAGUGCUAGAUUUGUCAGUGUUGUAUAAUAUUAUAACCAAAUCUCAGGUUACAAUUUUUUUUGUUUUGGGACGAUCGCGGUUUUUUUUCUUCCCUUGUUGUGAGAGACACGAGCUGGCGUCCAACAUGCGUAAAAAUCAACGCUGUCCAAGCAGGGAACCGCCGAGAAACGAAUUACCGCCGCUCAACUGAGGCCAAUCUCCGUUUAUUUUUGUUAAAUAAGGACACAUCAACUCAGCUAGCUGGCUAACACCACCUCUGCGUGUAGCUCGGUUAACGACGUAUCUUCACCCAGAAGCGGAGCCAGAUAAGUCGGGAGUGGAAGUUAGCUCGCACAGCGGCAGGAGAAAAAGUUGUAGGCAGCCAUGGGUGCGUUCCUGGACAAGCCGAAGACGGAGAAACACAGCGCCCACGGCGAUGGAAACGGGUUGCGCUACGGCCUGAGCUCCAUGCAAGGCUGGCGGGUGGAAAUGGAGGACGCCCACACGGCGGUGGUGGGCCUUCCCCACGGACUCACCGACUGGUCUUUCUUUGCCGUGUAUGACGGUCACGCCGGCUCGCGGGUGGCCAACUACUGCUCCGGGCACCUGCUGGAGCACAUCCUGUCAGGCGGAGCCGAGUUCGGCUCGGGCCCGGGCUCCGUGGAGGGCGUGAAGGACGGGAUCCGCUCGGGCUUUCUGAACAUUGACGAGUACAUGCGCAACUUCUCCGACCUGCGGCAGGGCCUGGACCGCAGCGGGUCGACGGCCGUGUGCGUGUUGCUCAGCCCCACCCACCUCUACUUCAUUAACUGCGGCGACUCGCGGGCCCUGCUCUGUCGAGACGGGAAGGUGGGCUUCUCCACCCAGGACCACAAGCCCUGCAACCCCCGCGAAAAGGAGCGCAUCCAGAACGCCGGCGGCUCGGUCAUGAUCCAGAGGGUAAACGGCUCCCUGGCCGUGUCGCGGGCUCUCGGGGACUACGACUACAAAUGCGUGGACGGUAAGGGCCCCACGGAGCAGCUGGUGAGCCCCGAGCCCGAGGUCUGUGUGAUGGAGCGGGCGCCCGAGGGAGACGAGUUUGUGGUUCUGGCGUGCGACGGGAUCUGGGAUGUCAUGUCCAACGAGGAGCUGUGCGAGUUUGUACGAUCACGACUAUUGGUGUGUGAAGAUCUGGAAAAGAUCUGUAACUCAGUGGUGGACACCUGUCUUCAUAAGGGGAGCAGAGACAACAUGAGCGUGGUGUUGGUGUGUUUGCCCGGAGCGCCCAAGAUCUCAGAGGAGGCCAUGAAAAAAGAGGAGGAACUGGAUAAAUACAUAGAAACGCGUGUUGAGGAGCUUCUGGGAAACUGCGGGGAGGACGGAGUCCCUGACCUGGUGACUGUCCUAAGGUGUAUCGCCUCAGAAAACAUCCCUAACCUUCCGCCUGGUGGAGGCCUGGCCAGCAAACGCAGUGUUAUCGAGGCGGUCUACAACAAACUGAACCCCCACAGAGACGAGGAAGCGGGGGGAGGAGAGGAGGAGGAGGAGGAUGAGGAUGAGGAGAGUGAGGAGGGAGGUGGCAGCAGCACGGCAGCUCAUCUGAUGGAGGCGCUGCGGCAGUUCCGCCUGCACCACCGGGGGCAGUAUCGCUCGGUGCUGGAGGACUCCCUUGCCGCCUACCGUCUCCGAGGGGAGGGCGCAGCCGAGGGAGCCGGGGAGAUGAGGAGGACCUGUGACGACGACGACGACGAAGAGGAGCGGGCCGCUUCCCCUCCCUCGCCCCCGCCCUCGCCCGCCGCCGUGGAGGUGGAGGCCAGCCAAGAUGCCCCAGAGGCGGACAUCUCCUCUGACUGAGCACACAGCCUAUCAUCCGCCCUCCUCCAGGGAAGACCUCACUCCUCUUUCCCCAGGCACAGAACUUGACUAAGCAGAUUGGCCAUUACUUUGAAAAGUUUCCUAAAAUAAUCUGACAAUAAUACUAUUAAUAUAAAAGCCGCCUUUCUGUGUAUUCAAAUUCUGUUCCCAGCACCCCACCUUUUUAAAGAAGACUUUUUUAUUUUAUUUUAUUUCCUUAUUUUUUUCCUCUCCCACCUUGGCUUGGAUUUCCUUUGAGAACGUAUCACUGUGUCCAGUAGAACCCGGUCAGUAUUGAUGUGCUGGGUCUUGCAGAAACGGUUUUGGGCUUAUUCUUUUCCUCCACAUUCCUUCCUCCCUCCUCCCCGCUCCUCCCUCUAGCUUCACCCCUCGCCUGCAGUGGAUGAACUGAAGUGCAGUGUGGGCUCAAAACGCCUAGUUUAUCAUCAGAAAAAAAUGAAACAGCUGUGCAGAUAAGUGAGUAAAACUAGUUCAGGGCGUCGGGGCAAACCUGUAAGCAGAAAAAGACUAAAUCACUGUUUGUAUGCAGAUGUGUUUCACCUGUUUGUAGAUCUAGAACGUUACUGAUCGGCCCUCAGAUCAAAUCAUAGUGAAGCUCUCCGCAGAUACCAUUCACAACUCACCAGAAACGUUCCUCUGUGCUUUUUUUUAAACAUACAACACCCUUAUUUAUUGGCAUCCCUGUCAAAAAUGUGUUAAAUAUUCAAAAUAAGUCCAUAUUUUAUUGCAGUAUAGUAAUCUCUUGUUUAAAUUUUUUUUUGAAAAAUACAAUAUUUGCAUUGAGAAUAUUUAAGGGGGGGAAAUCCCUUAUUAAGAAGUAACAGUUUUAUUGGUACGAGUGCUGGUACCCCUCCUGCUAAUGCAUCAUUAACCCUAGCCAGUGUAAGUAUUAGGGUUAGUUUUCUCUUAUCAUGAGAUUGCAGCAUAUAGAGAGAGGGAUCUUUAUUUAUUUAAGUGUGAGACCAGAGUCCUGGGUCUUCUCUUUUGUCCUCCACCUGUCAACUCGCCCAACAGAUUUUCUACAGGAUCUACGUCUGAGGACUGAGAUAGCCUGGAGAAAAAGGCAGAUUUUUGUAUCUGAUAAGCCAUCUCUGUGUUGAUUUGGUUCUAUUUGUAGGAUCAUUAUCCUCUGGUAAGUCCACCAGAUUCUUACUUUAAAUGUUCUGGCAUGCAGAAAAUCACAGUGUACUUAACAAUCAGCAUCAGGUCGAUUCCCCCCUCAGUUUAUUCAGAUUUAUUUCAUGCUAGAGCUGCCACCUGCAGUCCCCAUGUUUAUGUUUGUGAUGGUAGGACAGGAAGGGACUUUUUCUGGCACGCCUCCCCUGCAGCUGCUUGGCAUGCAGACAUUAUGUGAUGGUUGUUAUGCAGCUCUUUGCAGUUCCCUCCCUCGCCGUCCUUCUCACUAUUAUGUGUCACGUCAUGUUUAUCCCCUAGUGAAACAGAAGCUCCUAGGAACUCUGAUUAAGUCAAAGAAGGUAUACGUUAGAUAAAGGCUUAGGUUAACAGCUUUAAAGAGACUUUUUAACCAAUAAGUGUAAAAAAAAAAAAAAAAAAA